AUGAACUAUGCAUUGAUAAACCAACUCGAAGAAAAAAUUGAGAACGUCAAAUUUGGCAAACUCCAGUGGAAACUGUUUUUCCUAUGUGGGAUGGGAUGAGCAGCAGAUAUGAUGUGAAUAACUGGCAAUGCAAUUUUCAUGAAUGAAAUUGGUGAAGAAUGGGGUGUCCCUGUUUACCAGAGGAGUGCGUUACCUUUUGGUCUAAUGCUAGGGGUAUUUGUAGGGAGCUACGCUUGGGGAACUAUUUCUGAUAGACGAGGGAGAAUGCUGCCUUUUAAAAGGACACUAAUCAUUUCUGUGAUUUCAGGAGCAAUUGGAUGUGCGUCAAUGAAUGUAUGAAUGAUGGCAGUUUGCUUUUUUGGAGCUGGACUAGGAUUAGGAGGAAAUCUGGCUGUGGAUGGAGCGGUAUUUAUAGAAUAUUGCCCAAAUAAAUCAAGACAUAUGCUGACAGGCAUGAGUAUUGUGUGCGUUUUUGGCUCUAUAUUAGUAUGUGGGUGCGCAUGGCUUUACUUAGGCAUUGGUCUUCCAGAAAUGUGAAGGUUUCUUCUGGUCACUAUUGUGUUUAUUACCUUGGUCUCUGCAAUUUUUAGAUUUAGUAUUAAUGAAACACCUCACUAUUUAAUAUCCAAAGGAAAAAUUUCAGAAGCUGAAUGGGUGAUCUCAGAGAUGCUAAAAUACAAUGGAGAAGAAGGGGUCAAUAUUCCACUGAAUUCAAUCGAAGUUCAGCAGGAAAAUAUGCCUGAGCAUCUCGAUAUUAGAGGUCAAAUUAAAUUAUUGCUUUCUCCUCCGUUGAGAAGAAGCUUGGUUUUCUAUAUUAUGGUGAUUCUUAUAUAGAUAUGAUUUUUCACAGCUUUUACUUUUACAGGCUUUGGCAGCUAUUUGCCUGAAAUAAUGAGACGCGCAGGAGCUGGAGACACAGAUAACCAAAGCUUAUAUAUGACUAUGUUUUUACAGCAGCUCUCCGGGAUUCCAGCUGUAAUUUUAGCUACUUAUUUGGUUAAAUCAUCACUAGGGAGAAAAUGGACACAAGCAAUUACUUUAUUACUGGGAAGCGCAUUCAUUUUUGGAUUUUUAACUAGUUCAUAUGAUAUUGUAACCUCUAUUUAGCUAAUGGUCUGCUCUGUUAUUUUUUAUUUAUUAACGCUUAUUGCGUACUCUGUGCAAUAUGCAAUAACACCUGAAGCAUUUCCAGCUGAAGUUAGGAGUUCUGCAGUUGGGAUUUGUAAUUGCGCUAAUCGAUUGGCUUCCAUGAUUUCACCAAUAUUGGCAGGAAUAUUGUUGGAAUUUACGAGCAAUGAUGUGCCAGCAGUCAUUUUGUUUUCAGCAAGUUUAGCAGCUGCUGGGCUUAGUGGCUGCUUUAUUAAGGAGACAAAAGAUAUGCCAAAGAUAAAUGUUUGUCAAAGAUAA